GUUUCGCCCCUCACAUUUCGCCCCUCGCAUUUCGCCCCUCACAUUUCGCCCCCAGGUGCAUUUCGCCCCCGGUACUUUCGCCCCUGCAACUUUCGCCCCUCGGAAGUUUCUCCUCCACACAUUUCACCCCCGGAUGUUUCGCCCCCCAAAUCUCAAUAUCUAAGUUCAUAUUAGGUUGGUUAUGGGUAUGAAGGUAAGAAAGCAUAAUCCAUGAUCAUUCCCCGAGAUAUGUAAAACCAAUAGAAAUGAUACGUUAUAAACUUAAAGUUAAGCGUUUUAUCCGUUUAAAAUUUCGUGGAAGAGUAUGGUAAACAUACUUUUAUUUAUCACUUUAUAUAUUAUAUUUAUUAUUUUAUACUUUUAAGGAGUUAUCCGCAUGUUGGAAUUGCAUCCUGAAAUAAUAUUUCCAAACCUUGAUUAAUUAUCUAUGUGAGGUAAACGGCCAGUUGGAACUAUUUUUAGUAAGCUGAAGGGUCACAAUAAUAGAAGAAAAGCAUUGCCAUUAAACAGGUACCUACCCACCUAGAGGUGAUUACAAUAACAAAAUGACCUGUAGGAUUAAAAGAUCUUGUUUGUGUAAACAGGUACCUAGGUAAUAUUCAUUAUUGAUGGCUACGAAGAUGGGUAUUCUGCAUUGCAAAGAAUCUGCUUUGCCAGUUCAAAUCAGUUAGUUAACGGUGAAGUUCUGCUAGUGCCUCCGUUUAAAUAUGAAUUCAGUUAUUUCUAAGCGUGGGAAACAGAAGUUAGUUUACGAAAACCAUCUCUAUUUAUUUUCUAAAAAGACGAGGGACAACAUUAAUGCAAUUUGGGUUUGCGAAAAGCGGUCAACAUGCAAAGGACGCGUAUGGACUGAAGGAAUGAAUGGUGAAGUCAUCAAAGUGGUGAAUCUUCAUAAUCAUGCAGCGCAGGCUGCAAGACCCGAAGCAGUCCGACUAGUCAAUGAAGUGUGCACCAGAGCAAGGACGACCCAGGAGACGCCACAACAAAUACUCGCUGAGGUCGUUUCAGAGGCCCACGCCAACGUUGCUGCACUAUUACCUAGGAAAGAUUCCUUGAAGAGGUCCAUUCGUGCGAUGAGAAAAGUUGGAGUUUCGGGAGAUCAAUAUUGACGGCACUUUGCAUCAAUUUCUUCUGUGGGACUCGGG